AUGACAGACCAGUUCGCUUUUACUUAUCCAUCUCCCUUAGAGGGAUAUGAGAAUCUCGAGCCACUCUCCGAGGAGCGAAACGAAGACGGCAAAUCCUUCAAGAAUCCCCAACACGGUAUUCUCAGUGAUGCAUACUCAGAGUUCCCGGAUCCCCUUAGCAAGGAUCGACGCGGCGGUUUCGAUGUCCACAUCUACCACUUUCAGAGCAAUCCCGAACAAGUUAUAUUUGCCAAGGCACUCUGGGAAAGAAUUCGACGAGAAUUCCCCGAACUACGAAUCUACAAAUUCUUCGAUCAACCCGUUGGCCCGCAUCCUGUAGCCAUGUUCGAAGUGAAUAUAUUCACACCGGCUCAGUUCGGUGCUUUCAUUCCCUGGUUGGUGAUUAAUCGGGGCCCGCUCAGUGCUUUGGUCCACCCUAAUACAGGUGAAUCAGCGGCAUCACAAGAGCGAGAUCAUACACAACGGGCAACAUGGCUGGGAGAGCGAAUCCCGUUAGAUCUGAGGAUUUUCAAGUUAAUGAAAGAGAAGGAGGAAGCAGCUGGGAAGGAGACGAGGCUGUAG